AUGCCUGACAUUGAUGAGCAAAAAGCGGCGAUCACAAAUCGAUCACUUCGCACGAUACGUACAUCAGCCAAGUUGCCAAGCAGACGGCCAAUACUUCUCUCAAUGAAAAACAAAAUCUCUUUUUAUGCACCUUCGCCUUCGCCAGUCGCCCCUCCACCUGCAUAUGCCUCAGCCGCUUCGGUAGCGACUGCUACAGCACUCUACGAAUACCAUCCCACAGACGCCGGCGACUUAGCUGUGGUGCCUCACGACCGCAUCUUCAUCACCGAGUUCAUGAAUGCAGACUGGGCAAAGGGAAGGAACGAACGGACCGGUUCAGAAGGCAUAUUCCCUCGGAGCUAUGUCGCCAUCAUCGACGAGAAAAACAAGAUGGGACCAUACCAGCCACCUACACCUUCCCAGACCAGCUAUGGAAAUAUGCCACUAGACGUCAGUCAGGCCGGCAGUAGCGCUACUCCCGGAAAGCCAAGCAAAUUUGAAGAGCAUGGAAAGAAGUUCGGCAAGAAGCUUGGGAAUGCUAGUAUGUUCACAGUGCUAGCAAUCUAG